GCUGACGGUGCCUGUCCCGGCAGCGGGUGAACGUGACGGUGCGGACCGGGCUGGCCAUGGUGCUGUCGGGCUCGGCCGAACCCUGCGCCCAGCUGGUCGUCUCCUCCAUCGGCGUGGUGGGCACGGCGGAGCAGAACAAGCAGCACAGCGCCCGCUUCUUCGACUUCCUGACGGCGAAGCUGGGCCUCGGCCCCGAGCGGAUUGUCAUCCGCUUUUUCCCACUGGAGCCCUGGCAGAUCGGCAAGAACAAGACAGUCAUGACAAGAUCGGCAAGAACAAGACAGUCAUGACAUUCCUGUGACCCUUGGAGCGGCUGGCCAGAACAAAGCAGCGAUGAAGGCAACCCACAGAUGAUCAGCUCUGUCUAUCUGCUUGUUUCUUCUUGUGAUCAAAUCUGUGUAGCUUGAUCCACUUUUGUCUUUGCAUCCUGUACACACGAAGCUCAAGAGUGAGGCAAUCAACUGUACUGAUUUUACUGAAAUAGUUCAAAGUCUUUGUCUCAAGCUCAGGCCUAGACAAAGCUGCUUGUAGCAGUAAAAAGUUUAAUUCUAGAACAUUUGGCUUUACUGAGGACCAGAGAGGUUCUGAGGUUUAUCUAGUUUUUCUCAUAGUUUGCAAGGCAGAAAAAUUCCUUGUUUUUCCGUUUCUCUAUGUCAUCAAAAUUGUCUCAGGCCAGCAGAGAUGACCUGGAAGCCAAAUUCUUUUCUUUUUCAGGCUCCUCUGAAAGCCCUUUCUGGAAAGAGAGGUGAUUAUUGGGAGAGAAGUUUAGGUAUUGAAGGCUCAUGUCAGAUCUUGUGCUCUUUGCCCUGCCACUGCCACCUCCUGUGACUGCUCCUACAAAGUGUUACUUGUUCAGAAGGUUUUCAGGGCUCAAUGUCUGUCUGCUGAUGGCAGUGUCUGGAGGACAGGUCACUUCUGAAGACCUGCACUGUGCCACCAGAAAAUAUUUUGAAGUUUCUGCUACUGCCAGUUUUAAUUCCUAUUAUUCACUGUUUGUUCAGAGUCCUUUUCCUCACUGUUAUAGGGAGUUUUGGGGUGAUUCAGCAUCUCACUGUGAUCUAUGUCUGAUGUUUCUGGCUCAGUGUCCUUGCAGAGAAGCGUUUUGGGUUUUUAGGACCCAUGUACUCCCUCAUUUUAUAACUAGAAAACAAAGGGCAUUUUAUUGAAACAAAAGCAGGGUACGUUUUGUGUACAAUGUUGCCUCUGCUUUCUGCUGCUAAUAAAAACAUUUAUCAGUUCCCUUACACUUUGUGACUUGGUCAGGUGGAGGUCAGGGAGCUCAGCAGAGCUGAGAGCACAUCCCUGGGACAUGGGGUCCAUGAGAACACAAGGCUGUCCUCCACUCUAAAUGGAGUUUUAUUUGUUUAUGGCUUGAGGUAUCUUCUAAUUACCAUUUAAAAUUUCUAAUUACCAUUUAAAAGUUGUUUGUUCCCUAUACACCAUAAAUAACUUCUGUUUGACAAAUCUGACAGGAAUAUAAUACCAAACACAAAUUUAUGUAUCAGGCUGUUCUGGUUAAUAAACUGUAGCAAAGAU